CUGACUUUAAACUCUACAAAAAUCAAAAAAUCCUUUAACAAUUAUUAAUUUCGAUUAUUCUCAUCAUCAAUUCAGAAGCGCAUCACAAUUUUGAAAUUUAACAUCGACUUUUUUCUCUAUUUAAUUGUACUGCUAUUCCCGAGAGAGAAAUCUGAGAUAAAUAAUUCAAUCGAAAUAAGUUUUUUCUUUUCAAUUAAAUGGAUUUAGGGUGUUUGGAUUUGGGAUGCAUUUCUUUGUCUGAUGAAAAGAGAUCGGAAAUUCCAGUUGCAGAGUCUUCCAUUGGUGAUUCCAGUAAUUCUCUUUCAACCACUACCAAGCCUAGCAAGAACAAAUUGCCCCGUGAUAGCCCUCCCUCCGGUGGAAAUGCACUCAAUCGAGUCACAUCGCAAAUUAAAAAGCCAUUACAUCGUAAAACCUCUCCUCUUAAUUGGUUUCCUCGUAAAAAAGUCGACUCAUACUUGAAGAGAAAAAUUAAAGUACUACAGGAAGCUGGGGGCAUGAAUAAUUCUCUUGACGAGACAUUGGGUCACGCUAAUCCUCACUAUUGUAGAGUAGAACGAGAGAAACGUGCUGCCAGAGAGGCAGCAUACAAAGUAAUGGAAGCAAGGAAAGCUGCUAUGGUUGAAGCAUCAUGGUGCCGUAUACUUCAAGCAGCCCGGAUCUCUAACAAAGAAGCAGAUGCUCAGCUUCUAGAAGCAGAAAAAGAAGUUUCUGAAGCGUUUGAAGCUGCAAAAUCUAAAGGAGUAAUCAUGUAUGACACACCCGAAGACUUUGAGAUGGAAAUAUCCUGCACUAGCGUGAAAGGAUCUACGACCCACGCAAUUAGAGCUUCUUUUGAAACAGCUUUUGAAGUUGAUAAACAAGUAGCAGCAGCUGUUAAAGCAGCAUUCAUCAAACUAGCACAUUAUGAACCUUUUAAUAAGGACGAAUUUAAGGACUUGUUGCGGAAAAUCAACGAAAAUCCUGAUUCUUUGGAACUUUCAGAGUCAGAUACUGGGUUAAAGUUUGAAUCAGGAUCCUGUAAUGAUGGCCCUAAUUCGAAUCGGAAAAACAGGAAGAAACAAAGUCCUCAGAAAUUUAAGGGGACUUUUCUUGUCAAUAUGAUGCUUGAAAGGCUUAAAUGCUUGAAAGAACAAGAGUUGGCUUCUCUGGCUACCAUUGUUGCAACAUGUGGGCUGAAUGCUGCCUUGGCUGAUAAUGAAAAUCAUAGAAUGCACAAUAAGUUUCGUGCUUCUUCUGGCAUGGACUACACUAAUGGAUCCGUAAGGAAAGAUCGUGUCGGGCCCGACUUACCUAGCUUAGAUAAGUUCCUGGUUAAGAAAUUGACUAAGCUUGAAAAGGAAGUUCAAGAAGCUAAGAAUGCUAGGAAAGCAGAGUCUAUAAACUCUCAACUCUUCAAAGGUAGUGACAAAGUCGAAAGUGCACCGGACUUGGGUAGUGUACUCAUUAAUAAGCAUUCAUCAAGACUCGAGAAAGAGAUCCAAGAAGCAAAGAGAAAUCAGCAGUUGGCUGACAAUGGUGGUGCUGCAAUCGGAAGGACUCUGAAACAUGGAAAAAGCCGGUUACCUAAACAAGACGAUUUAGAAGUUCCAAGCUUGGACAAAGUUUUGUUGAAGCAUGUAUCCCGGCUUCAAAAGGAAGUCGAAGAAGCUAAGAAUGCUAGGAAAGCAGAAUCCGAAAGAGGUGGUGAUGGGAAGUCUAUAAACUCUAAUAACAAUGUACCAGACCUUGGAAGUGUACUCAUUAAGCAUUCAUCGAAACUCGAGAAAGAGAUCCAAGAAUCAAAGAGAAAUCAAAAUCUGGCUGAAAAUGAUGGUUCUGAAGCCGGAAGGACCCUGAAGCAUGGGAAAAGCCGGCUACUUAAACAAGACGAUACAGAAAUUCCAAGCUUGGACAAAGUUUUGGUGAAGCACGUAUCCCGACUUGAAAAGGAGGUUCAAGAAGCAAAGAAUAAGAGAGACAAUGAAUUCCAUAUCAUUUCGGGAGGUGGGAAUUCUUGUAUACAGUCGUCCGCUCAGGAGCAAUUGCAAAAAGAGAAUAUCAACAUGAACACUAACCCUCUUCAAAGGGAGCAAAAACAAAAUGUUGAGAAAGAAAGUUUGGAUAGUGUUUUAGUUAAGCAUGUGUCGAGAUUAGAGAAGGAAAAAAUGGCGUUUGUCUCCGAAGAAUCUGUUGGUGUAAGGAAAAGGGACAUAGUACUACAAACCGACACAAGUUUGGGCGGCUUGGAUCAAAUUCUUGUCAAACCCAAGUCAAGAGUAGAGAGAGAAAAGACUAUUGCAUCUGAACAACCUGAAGUAAGGAACACUUAUUCCAAGUCUCGGCGUGAAGCAAGGGAGCGAGAGUUGCUAGAAACAUGGGGAGGCAUGGGCUUAGGCAAUUCCAUGCGACCUCACGUCUCUAGACUAGAACGAGAUAAGGCUGCUUGGAUCAAAGCUGAAGAAGAGGAAAAACAAGCAGAGCUGCACACUUAGUCGUCAUUUGCUGAAAAUACAAGUGCAGCCACACUCAGGUUUAUACAUAAUGUUAGCUGCUUUAUUUUACUCGCUUUAAAGUUAAAUUAAGGGAAUGGGCAGAUGUUAUUGAUUGUACAUAGGUUAGUGUUGUACUUGACACAACACAGGUACCAUUAUUUAUCAAAUGAGCAGCAAAUCGAGGAAUUCCACAUAUGUAAUCUUACUCUUUCGCUUCAAUUAACAUUGCUUCUCGAGUGCUAGCUUUUCGCUUUCGUGUUGCAAUGAUAUUUGCUAUUGAUAAAGAGAAGAUCAUUAAACAUUUUGCAUAUGAAUACAUCCUGGGAAAACAUUUCUUUUGUACAUUUGUUUUGUAUUGCACAUAGUUGUGAAUUUGAUGGGUGAUUCUGAUUCUUGACUACAUUAAUAAAUUACAGCUUAACAACUUUUCCCGCCA